UUCGUCCUAGUGCGCACGCACGGCUCCGCCCCCGCCCCCUUCGGCGCUCGGGAGGCCGAGUCCGCACGAAGAUGGCGGCGCCGCUCGUGCCCCUCUCGCAGCAGAUUCCCAGUGGAAAUCCGUUGUAUGAGUCUUACUACAAGCAGGUGGACCCUGCCUACACAGGAAGAGUUGGGGCCAGUGAGGCUGCGCUGUUUCUGAAGAAGUCGGGGCUCUCUGACAUCAUCCUGGGGAAGAUAUGGGACUUGGCGGACCCCGAAGGUAAAGGGUUCUUGGACAAACAGGGUUUCUAUGUUGCCUUGAGAUUGGUGGCCUGUGCACAGAGUGGCCAUGAAGUCACCUUGAGCAAUCUGAGCCUCACCAUGCCACCACCGAAGUUUCAUGACACCAGCAGCCCACUGAUGGCCACACAGCCGUCUACAGAGACUCACUGGGCUGUGCGGGUGGAGGAGAAGGCAAAGUUUGAUGGCAUCUUUGAAAGCCUUCUGCCAGUCAAUGGUCUGCUCUCUGGAGACAAGGUCAAGCCAGUCCUCAUGAACUCGAAACUACCUCUGGAUGUGCUGGGCAGGGUCUGGGACCUCAGUGACAUCGACAAGGAUGGACAUCUGGACCGAGAUGAGUUUGCUGUGGCCAUGCACUUGGUGUACCGCGCCUUGGAGAAGGAGCCAGUGCCCUCUGUCCUGCCCCCAUCCCUCAUCCCACCCUCCAAGAAGAAGAAGACAGUGUUUGCAGGUGCUGUGCCUGUCCUGCCUGCCAGCCCCCCACCCAAAGACAGCCUCCGCUCCACGCCAUCCCAUGGCAGCGUCAGCAGCCUCAACAGCACAGGCAGCCUGUCCCCAAAGCACAGCGUCAAGCAGACUCAGCCACCAGUGGCCUGGGUGGUGCCUGUGGCAGAUAAGAUGCGCUUUGAUGAGAUCUUCUUGAAGACGGACCUGGACCUCGAUGGCUAUGUGAGUGGCCAGGAAGUGAAGGAGAUCUUCAUGCACUCAGGCCUCACACAGAACCUUCUGGCACACAUUUGGGCCCUGGCUGAUACAAGACAAACGGGGAAGUUAAGCAAAGAGCAAUUCGCGCUAGCUAUGUAUUUCAUUCAGCAGAAGGUCAGUAAAGGCAUCGACCCUCCUCAAGUCCUCUCGCCAGACAUGGUGCCACCCUCGGAGAGAGGCACUCCUAUUCCAGAUAGCUCAAGUGCUCUCGGGUCAGGAGAGUUCACUGGUGUAAAGGAGCUGGAUGACAUUAGCCAGGAGAUCGCUCAGUUGCAGAGAGAGAAAUACUCACUGGAACAAGACAUCAGAGAAAAGGAAGAGGCAAUCAGACAGAAAACCAGUGAAGUACAGGAACUACAAAAUGACCUAGACAGGGAAACCAGCAGUCUGCAGGAGCUUGAGGCUCAGAAGCAGGACGCCCAGGACCGCCUGGAUGAGAUGGACCAGCAGAAGGCCAAGUUGAGGGACAUGCUGAGUGACGUGCGGCAGAAAUGCCAGGAUGAGACCCAGAUGAUCUCAUCAUUGAAAACCCAGAUCCAGUCUCAGGAGUCAGACUUGAAGUCCCAGGAGGAUGACCUCAACCGGGCCAAGUCAGAGCUGAAUCGGUUGCAGCAGGAGGAGACACAGCUGGAGCAGAGCAUCCAGGCUGGGCGUGCCCAGCUAGAGACCAUCCUCAAGUCCCUCAAGUCCACGCAAGAUGAAAUCAACCAGGCAAGAAGCAAGCUGUCGCAGCUGCAGGAGAGCCACCUAGAAGCUCACCGGAGCCUGGAACAGUACGACCAGGUGCCUGAUGGGGUCUCUGGCACCAGCCUGCCUGACCUGGCCACCCUGAGUGAAGGCAUCUUGCUGGCAGAGAGAGGCGGCUUUGGAGCCAUGGAUGACCCUUUCAAAAACAAAGCCUUACUGUUUAGCAACAACUCACAAGAACUACAUCCAGACCCCUUCCAGGCGGAGGACCCCUUCAAGUCCGACCCAUUUAAAGGAGCUGACCCCUUCAAAGGUGACCCCUUCCAGAACGAUCCCUUCGCAGAGCAGCAGACGGCAGUCACAGACCCAUUUGGAGGAGACCCUUUCAAAGAAAGUGACCCAUUCCACAGCUCAAACACUGAUGACUUCUUCAAGAAGCAGACAAAGAAGGACCCGUUUACCUCAGACCCCUUCACAAAGAACCCUUCCUUACCUCCAAAGCUCGACCCAUUUGAGUCCAGUGAUCCCUUCUCUUCCUCCAGCAUCUCCUCGAAAGGAUCAGAUCCCUUUGGAACCCUAGACCCCUUUGGAAGCGGCUCCUUCAGCAGUGCCGAGGGCUUUGCUGACUUCAGCCAGAUGUCCAAGCCCCCACCUUCUGGCCCCUUCUCCUCCUCCUUGGGAGGCACAGGAUUCUCAGAUGACCCCUUUAAAAGUAAACAGGACACUCCCGCUCUGCCUCCGAAGAAGCCCGCUCCUCCACGGCCCAAACCGCCCAGCGAAGCAGCAGCUGGACAGAAAGACGCGGCAGUGUACACGCUGCUGGGUGGUCAGAGUACACCUGUAAGCCAGCUGGUUUCUUCAGCCUUCCCCGAGUCCCCCGAUCCAUUCCAGCCACUCGGGGCUGACAGCGGCGACCCGUUCCAAAAUAAAAAGGGGUUUGGGGACCCAUUUAGUGGCAAAGAUCCAUUUGCCCCCUCCUCUUCAGCUAAACCUCCUAAGGCCUCUUCCUCCGGCUUUGCCGACUUCACCUCUUUUGGCAAUGAGGAGCAGCAGUUGGCUUGGGCCAAACGGGAAAGCGAGAAAGCGGAGCAGGAGCGGCUGGCGAGGCUGCGGAGACAGGAACAGGAGGACCUGGAGCUGGCCAUCGCCCUCAGCAAGGCUGACAUGCCGGCCUAGGCGGUGCAGGGGAAGCCACUGCUGUCCGUAUGUACACACCCAUGCUCAGAGCGUGCCCGCUUCAAGACGUGCCUGCCACAGCCACCACAGUUAAGGACAAGCUGGCCACCGGGCCUGGGCCUCAGGGCCUUCUUCAGAGGCAGUAGACGCAGCUCACCCCUGUGAGUGAACCAGGUAGGCAGCUGUAGGCAAAAGGCCUGGAAGCUGCUGGUCUGUCUGAGGUGUGAUGGUGUCAGUCAGGCUCCGCCUGCCAGAUCAUUCAACAAUGGCCGAGACAGCCUCCAGUCUCCUGCUGCAGACAGGCCCCGCCCGCAGCCCCUCCCCGCAUCCAUGAGACACCCCCACAUGAUGUAUGCAUUCGUUGUAUAAAAAUGAAGUUUGAAUGAGUAAUAUAAAAUAUUUUAAUACAAAACA